AUGGCAAAGCUAACCAAGAUAGCCAUGAAUAAUAAAGCACUAGUACUCUUUCCCUUACCAUUUCAAGGUCACAUAAACCCCAUGCUUCAAUUAGCAAACAUUCUCUAUACUAAAGGCUUCAAAAUCAUCAUCAUUCACACCAAUUUCAACUCUCCAAAUCCAUCAAACUACCCACAAUUCACCUUCAAAUCAAUCUCUGAUGGGCUGUCUACUUCCAAAGACAAGAGUUUAAAUCUAGACACAACUAACCAUGCCAUCAACUUCAUGAACAAAAGCUGCAUUGACCCGUUUGCGGUCUGCUUAGCUAAGUUGCUAGAAGUAGAGCCUGUGGCAUGCUUGAUCUCAGAUGCACUAUGGCAUUUCACUCAAUCUAUCACAGACCGUCUGAAACUCAAAAGGAUUGUGUUGAGAACAAGCAGUAUGUCAUGCAUCCCUCUUUAUGCAGCUUUAGUGCUUGGUGAAAAGAGCUAUUAUAAAACCACAAUUAAAGAAGAGCUUGCCUUGAUGACAAAAAUGGACAUAGAAAAGAUUUACAAAGGCGGGCUAGAGAAGGCAAAGGCGGAGUUGAUAUGUAAUAUGAUCAAUGAAACAAAGGCGGCUUCGGGGAUCAUAUUCAACACUUUCAAAGAACUAGAAGAGCCUGCAUUCUUGGCCAUAUCUCAGGUUUUUCAGAUUCCAAGCUUCGCAAUCGGUCCUUUUCAUACAUAUUUUCCAGCGUCUCAUAGCAGUUUAAUAGAACAAGACCGAAGCUCUAUUUCAUGGUUAGUAUUAACCGAGUUUAUCAUCUAUCCUAGCUAG